CCCGCCCCGCGCCCGCGGACACUCUCUCGCACGCGCUCCCACGCCCACGGCAGCGCGCACACACUCACACCACGCUGCGCCCCCGCGCGCGCACACACACACUCCCACGCGCACCUCGGGGCGCUGGUCCUGCCCAGGCGCAGUCACCUGUGGAGAGAGAGAGCUGAGACACCAGGGACUUUCUUAUGGCUGACCUGAGCUUCAUCGAAGAUACCGUCGCCUUCCCAGAGAAGGAGGAGGAUGAAGAGGAAGAGGAGGAGGGCGUGGAGUGGGGCUACGAGGAAGGUGUUGAGUGGGGCUUGGUGUUUCCUGAUGCUAACGGGGAAUACCAGUCUCCUAUUAACCUAAAUUCAAGAGAAGCUAGGUAUGACCCCUCCCUGCUGGAUGUCCGCCUCUCUCCAAAUUAUGUGGUCUGCCGGGACUGUGAAGUCACCAAUGAUGGACAUACUAUUCAGGUUAUUCUGAAGUCCAAAUCAGUUCUCUCAGGAGGACCUUUGCCUCAAGGGCAUGAAUUUGAACUGUAUGAAGUUAGAUUUCACUGGGGGAGAGAAAACCAGCGUGGUUCCGAGCACACGGUUAAUUUCAAGGCUUUUCCCAUGGAG